AUGAUGAAGCAGCAGAAUCAGCCUCUUUUCUCACUCACACUGCUACUGAUCUUCUUCUCCCAUUGCACCAAAAUCUUAUCCCAAGCUCCUUCUGCUUCCCCUGCUGCUGCCCCAGCUACCCCAGGUGCCCCAACAAGUACAGGGCCAGUGGUGCCAGCACCACCAGCUGAUGCCCCUGCACCUUCUGGCCCAACCAAUAUCACCAAAAUCCUUGAGAGAGCAGGUGGCUACAAAGUCUUUAUCCGCCUUUUAAAAAGCACCCAAGUUGACAACCAGCUCUACCGCCAACUCAACAACUCAAAUAGCCAACUCACCGUUUUCGCCCCAACUGACGGUGCCUUCUCAAAUCUCGGCACAGGCUCACUCAACUCUUUGAGUGAUGAGCAAAAAGGGCAGCUCGUACAAUUCCAUCUGAUCCCAGAUUUUCUCACAAUCCAAAACUUCCAAACUAUCAGCAAUCCAGUGAGAACCCAAGCUGGAUCUGGAUUGGAGUAUCCACUAAACAUUACCACAGCAGGCAAUUCAGUCAACAUUUCCACUGGCCUUGUGAACACCUCCAUUUCAGGCACUGUCUACUCUGAUAAUCAAAUUGCUAUUUACCAAGUUGACAGUGUGCUCCAGCCUUAUGGUGUUUUUGCUCCCAAGCGUCAACUACCGUCACUGGCUCCAGCUCCAGCUCCAGCUCCAGCAUCUGUACACAGGAAGCCUAAGUUGAAUUCUUCAUCAUCUGAUUCUGAUGACAGUGACACUAGUACUACUCCUCCUGUUGCUGAAGUGAAGUCUGGAGCUGUGCCUACCAUGCUCCCCAAAUUUAACGGCAUUGUCUCGAUUGCAGUUGCUGUGGUUGCUGCAGCAGCAUUAAGCUUUUCUUGA